AUGCCUUCUUCAACGUCAUACCGUUCCGCGGAUCCGCCAGGCUCCCCAGCGAAUGACUCCGAUUCAGACCUAGAUCUCGACAUCCAGGAGCUCGAUCCUGCCACGACCACAACCUACCGCAGCUCUGGAAUCAUCCGCAACGACCGCCAGGCCGCCGAGCAUCGAUCGCCACGUAUUGCACUGCGAAAUUUACGCAUGGGGGGCUCACGUCGAGCUGGGCAGAAGGCCAAGGGAUAUGGAGAGCUAGGCCAGAACCGCGACGGCGAUAGCGAAGAUGUCCAAGCCCUUCUUGGGGAGCCGGAAGGCUCUUCGUCACAGUACAGAGACGGGAGCGCUGGGUCCGACGAUGAUAACUCGCCUUUGCUUCCCGGUGGGCCGCCUGCAAGGCGUCGUUCGUUUGCCGGAGACAAAUUCGAACGUCUUACCUCUAGUCUACGGUUGCCCAGCUUCAUGUCGAACUCGGGAGGACAGGAAGCGAACAAUGACGAUGCGCAAGACCAAGAUGAAGAUGAUCCGUCAACCUCACGCCUCGUCGCAGUAGGGUCUUCGCAAUCGACGAGGUUCCCGCCGAACCUGAUAUCUAACGCCAAGUAUACGGCGCUGACGUUCCUGCCCAUCACUCUGUACAACGAGUUCUCCUUCUUUUUCAACAUGUACUUUCUACUAGUGGCACUGUCACAAGCAAUUCCGGCUUUGCGAAUUGGUUACCUUACGACCUAUAUUGCGCCUUUGGCAUUUGUGUUGUUCAUCACCAUGGGCAAGGAAGCAUACGAUGACAUUGCAAGACGCCGGAGAGACAAUGAAGCCAACGCAGAGGAAUACACCAUUCUUACUUUUGACGAGCCCGGACGUGGCCUGGGUUCUGCACAACGAUCCCACAAGAGGCUAAAAUCGGAUUCAAUGAGGAGAGGCAAGAAAGCACUCAACAUUCGGGAUAGACUUUCGGAUAUUCAGGAAGAAGAGGAGCGAACGGAAGCAGAUGGUGGCUUGCCCCCACCGUCUUCCUCUGUGCGCGAAGUCAGCCGGAAGUCGCGCGAUCUCAAGGUCGGUGACGUCCUCAAGUUAAGCAAAGGUCAACGAGUCCCGGCCGAUGUCGUCAUUCUGAAGUGCAUAACUUCGGAGACCACCUCUGCAGCUCCUGUCAUAGAGACGAUCGCAGAGGAAUCCCUACUGGUUGAUACAGAAGAUGAUGCGCCCAAGAAUGCGUCGGAGGUGAAGGGCAAAGAGACCGAAAAGGACGACGGUGGCGGCGGAGGGGCAGCUGGCGAAACAUUCAUCAGAACUGAUCAACUUGACGGUGAGACAGACUGGAAGUUGCGGUUGGCAUCACCGCUGUCGCAAACCCUGCCUACCGAAGAAUUCGUUCGUCUCCGUGUUACAGGAGGAAAACCGGACAAGAAGGUCAACGAGUUUCUAGGCACUGUCGAGCUUCUACCUACCCGGAGGGAUACUCAAGGUCAACAAGGAACGCUCGAUGGGGAAGAAGAAGUGUCUGCCCCUCUCUCAAUUGACAACACUGCAUGGGCAAACACAGUUAUCGCCUCCAGUGCUACAACGCUUGCCGUCAUUAUGUACACCGGUCCUCAAACUAGGUCUGCGUUGUCUACUGCGCCUUCGCGAUCCAAAACCGGUCUUUUGGAGUAUGAGAUCAACUCACUCACAAAGAUCCUAUGUGCCUUGACACUGGCGCUUUCCAUCAUCUUGGUGGCUUUGGAAGGCUUUUCGAACACUGAAGGCAACGUCUGGUACAUUAAGAUUAUGCGAUUCCUGGUUCUUUUCUCGACCAUUGUACCCAUCAGUCUGCGUGUGAACCUCGACAUGGGCAAGAGCGCCUACUCUUGGUUCAUCCAGCGAGAUCCUGGCAUUCCUGGAGCUGUGGUUCGGACAAGCACGAUCCCCGAAGAUCUGGGCAGAAUUGAGUAUUUGCUCAGCGACAAGACGGGCACGUUGACCCAAAACGAGAUGGAAAUGAGAAAAAUUCACGUCGGUACGGUUUCAUAUGCCAAUGAGGCUAUGGAUGAAGUCAACUCGUAUGUCAGACAAGCUUUUCACAUCCAGCCCACCACCGAUCCUUCUUCACAGACGGCUUUGAUCACACCCUCGUCGACGGUGUCCAACUCGGCAAAUGUGGGCGCUACCCGUACAAGGAGAGAGAUUGGCUCUCGCGUUCGCGACGUCGUUCUAGCAUUGGCUCUCUGCCACAAUGUAACUCCUACUACAGAGGAAGAAGAUGGCAAGACGAUUGUCUCGUACCAGGCUUCGUCUCCCGACGAGAUUGCCAUCGUCCGCUGGACCGAGUCUGUUGGUCUGCGGCUGGCUUAUCGUGAUCGCAAGAGCAUGGUUCUCGAGUCAACAGAUACUGGCCGUGAAGUUGUGCGAGUGCGCAUCCUGGAUGUCUUCCCCUUCACCUCUGAAGGAAAACGCAUGGGCAUUAUUGUUCAGUUUUACGAGCAAACCCAGUCUACCGUGCCCAACCUUGCCAACAGCGAAAUCUGGUUCUAUCAGAAGGGUGCCGAUACGGUCAUGAGUUCCAUCGUGGCCGAAAACGACUGGCUCGAUGAGGAAACCGCCAACAUGGCUCGAGAAGGCCUCCGUACGCUCGUGGUUGGACGUAAGCGCCUUUCUUAUGAGCAGUACCAGGAGUUCUCGUCAAGUUACCAAGCAGCCUCGUUGGCCAUCUCUGGGCGUGACGCUGGCAUGCAACGAGUCGUAUCUCACCAUCUAGAGCGCGACUUAGAACUUCUCGGCGUGACAGGUGUCGAAGACAAGCUGCAAAAGGAUGUCAAGCCGUCCCUAGAACUGCUGAGAAACGCCGGCAUCAAGAUUUGGAUGUUGACGGGCGACAAGGUUGAAACAGCCCGCUGUGUUGCCGUCAGCUCCAAAUUGGUUGCCCGAGGGCAGUAUAUCUACACGGUCGCUAAGCUCAAGAAGAAGGAUAAUGCCCAAGAUCAUCUCGACUUCCUCCGCGGAAAGACUGAUUCGUGCCUGCUCAUUGACGGCGAGAGUCUGGCUCUAUUCCUCACCCAUUUCAGAAUUGACUUUGUGUCUGUCGCUGUCCAGCUGCCUACUGUUGUCGCCUGCCGAUGCUCGCCAACGCAAAAGGCAGAGAUUGCGAAGCUGAUCAAGGAAUACACAAAGAAGAGGGUCUGCUGUAUUGGCGAUGGUGGCAACGAUGUUUCCAUGAUUCAAGCAGCGGACGUCGGUGUUGGUAUUGUUGGCAAGGAGGGCCGACAGGCUAGUUUAGCCGCGGAUUUCUCGAUUGAGCAUUUCUUCCAUUUGACCAAGUUACUGGUUUGGCACGGGCGUAACAGCUACAAGCGGAGUGCUAAGCUUGCUCAGUUCGUCAUCCAUCGCGGAUUGAUCAUUGCCGUCUGUCAGACAAUGUACAGCAUCGCAAUCAAAUUUGAACCUGAAGGUCUUUACAAGGAUUGGCUUCUUGUGGGAUACGCCACAUUGUAUACUGCAUUCCCUGUUCUCUCCCUCGUCCUUGACAAGGACGUCGACGAGAAUCUCGCGAACCUCUACCCAGAGUUAUACAAGGAACUCACGUCAGGGCGGUCGCUGUCAUAUCGCACCUUCUUUGUCUGGGUUCUUGUUUCCAUCUACCAAGGUUGCACGAUCCAAGGCCUCUCGCAGCUCCUUACGGAAGUCGACGGCCCCAAGAUGGUGGCUGUGUCGUAUACCGUUCUGGUUCUCAAUGAGCUUCUAAUGGUUGCCAUCGAGAUCACCACAUGGCACCCUCUCAUGAUUCUUUCCAUCGUCGGCACGUUCCUCAUCUACGUUGGUUCCGUGCCGUUCCUCGGCGGGUACUUUGAUCUCAAAUUCAUCAUCACUUUGGGAUUCAUCUGGCGCGUCCUCGCCAUUGGGGCGAUAUCCCUCAUUCCCACAUAUGCAGUGAAGCUGAUCAGAAGGACGAUGAAGCCGCCCUCAUAUAGAAAAGUGCAGAGCACGUAG